AUGAAUCAGAAGACAAAUAAAACAAGAGCUGUUCUUCACCACGCAAAAGCCAAGCGGAGAUUUACCUCAGCAGUGCAUGCACGAGGAGCAGGGUUAGCCCGGGACAGCUGGUCAAACCCCGAGAAACCGAUCCGCCGGAGCCCGAGCACAUCUCCCCCGCCGGCCGGGCUCGCGCAGACGCCCGCGGGCGGAGGGCGGGCUGGCGGCGGCGGCAGACGGCGGGGCCCAGGGCGCGGGCAGGCGGACGUGCGUGCGCGCGCGCGUGUGUGUGUGCGUGUGUGCGGGGCCUGGGUGCCUGUGCGCGCGCGUGUGCGUGCGUGCGUGCGUGUGUGUGUGUGUGUGUGUGCGCGCGCGCCUGUGCGCGCGGGUUGGCGAGGGCGCGUGUGCGCGUGUCUGCGCUCUGGGCCGCUCGGCGCGCUCGGCAAUCGAUUACAGGACAAGUGCUGCCCCGCGGCUCCGCGACGCGCGCACUCCCUCGCGCCCACCCGGGCGCCCGGCCGCGUCGCCCCCGGCCCUGCGGCCCCGCAAACAGCGGAUCCCGCCCCCAAAGGGGGGACCAGGGCUUGUGCCGCAUUCACCAAAGUCAAAGGAACGGUUGAGGGUCCAAAACGUUGGUACGAGGGAAGUGUUGCCGUCAGUAUCAUCAGUUGUGCAAAUAGGCUCGUUUUUAAACUAUGGAAAAUGAAAGUUGGUGCCAUAAUGCAAACAAGAUUAAUCAAUUUCCAUUGGCGAACAAAUCAUCUGGGCUUAGAUCAUGGUAUGUCUAACUCACCCCAAAGAAGUCAAGGUUGUGUUUACAUCCUAAAACCAGGGGUUCUAUUUCAUCCUCUGCAGUUGAAUCAUCCUGGCUCUGAGACUCACAAUGUACUUGUAGAAAGGAACCUUUGUAUAAACUGUAGUAAUUCACUGUGUUCACAAUUUUUCUCUACAGUAUUUUUAUAGUGGUUAGAGGGUAUAUUUAUUUCCAUCCUUUGCUGUAACUACGCUACACACAUUUUAAAAGUACAUAUAUGGUUAUACUUUGCAUAAAAAUGUAUCACUAGGGAAGUGCAGUACCAUAUAAAUAAUCACUUAGUUAGUGAGGAGGUGGGGACAAAACAUACCCACACCCACCAUUUUUCAAACAGCUGCUUCUUUCUCAUCCUUUCUGUCCCAUUCUACCGGAAACUGUGCCAACCCCGCACCAACCCUUAUCUUAGCUCUUUGCACAUUUCUUUCAAUAUACGAUUUGUAAAUUUUUUUUAAUUUGUUGAGUUCUAAAAGAAAAUCUGUCUCCCCCACUAGAAUGUCAUCUCUGUCUUAUGUCUGUCCUGCUAACAAUUGUUUUCUCAGAACUAGCACAGUGUUUGGCACGUCGGUACUCAAUAAACUUUUACUAAAUGGAUGAAUGUGGAGCUAAUCACACACUCACCUACCUUUGUGUGUUAAACUGUGGUUUUUUUUUUCAAAGAUUUAUUUAUUCAUGAGAGACAGAGAGAGAGAGAGAGAGAGAGGCAGAGGGAGAAGCAGGCUCCCAAGGAGCAGGGAGCCCGACGCGGGACUCGAUCCCAGGACCCCGGGAUCAUGACCCGAGCCGAAGGCAGACGCCUAACCACCUGAGCCACCCAGGCGCCCGUGUUAAACUGUUUUUAAGGGACAAAAAGGGUAGGAUGACAAAGAUAUAUUCUAAUUCCAUAAAGAUUUUGGUCAAGUCUUGGCUCAUAAGUAAUGUACAAACAUCAUUAACAGGUCAACUCUGGCUUAGGUCCAUGUGAAGAAUGUGAAUACCUUGCUAGAUAAUAUAACUUAUAAAGAGGAAGAGUGAUUAAAAUUGUACAUCAAAUAUAAUUUUGAGUAAAAUGCAUUUAUGUGACCACUCUGUUUCAUAAACAUUAUUUCGUGUUAAUGCCUGAUCAUUCAUAAACUAAGUUGACUAACAGAAUGCAACAGAUUUGUUUCUGUAAUCACUAAAUGCAAUUAGCAAAAGAACAUUUUUAAAAGGCAGUGUGGCUAAAAGGUACAUUAUGAAGUAUUUUGUUUUCUUUGGAUGGCUUAUUUUAUCUGUGUUAGAUUUAAAAGCCCUAGUACCCUUUGAAGAAAUUUUAUUAAAAGUGAAUUUAACAAUU